AAGAAGUAAAAAUUUAAAAAGUUAUUUGACAGAGCGGCAAAAAGUGCGCCGCGUUUGAAAGUUGAAAUUAUCGAAAAGAAAUUGGAUUGUAUUUUUUUAUAAUUUUAAAUGCAAAGGUGAUUGUGUUUGUUGCUGAAAUUGUGUGUUGAAGACGAGAAAAUGACGCGGUUAUUAAUAUUAUGUUUGGCGCUCGUGACCCUGACCUCCCAGGCAGUUCAGGAGACCACACCGACGCCCGAAGCCCCCGAGGCCAGAGCUGAAGAUGACGUCACGAGCGACGAACCACCUGAAGGAUACUACGCUUUUGUGGAGUCUCCCAACGCUACACCACCCAGGGUCCGCCCGCCUCCCUAUCGGCAAGUGGCGACCGACUGCCCCGAGGUGGGUGAAAAACGGCCAAGGGUGAGCGCGCACAACCUGUGUGGGGACCUCAACCGGGGGACCAUACCGAGGAACCCUAUGGGGCAGAACCCUAACGGGGAACCCUAUCCAUUCGAGGUGAUCCGCAACCAGACGCUGCGCUUCCUGUCGCGCACGCUGCCCGUGCUGCGCGCCGACGACACGCUGCCGCGCGUGGCUGCCCUGCCUCCAGCCAGGGAGACGCACGACCUACACUCCAACCACCUUGACGACCGCGGCAAGCGCUCGCUGCCCGCAGAGGAGGCCGGCGCCGAGCACCGCGCCGCCGACGCGCCGAGGGAUUCCAGAAAGUUCUGCGACGGCGGCGGAGUAUUUUGUAUGCUGUACCGUGCCUUCAACGGCGAUAGCGAGCCGAGCCCUGCGCCUGGCGGCGUGGAGAGACGUGAAGAUCCCGGCUCCAGGCCUCCCCACCUACACAGAUAUGAGGGCCCGCCAACUCCGUGCCCUGCCCGCGUGGAGUACGCCACGCCGGUGUUCGCCAGGAACUACCAGGGCGUGUGGCGGUACGUGGUGCAAAUCCCGUACGAGGGGUACUUCACGCAGACCGUGGAAGUCACCAGAUGCAUGCAGUCGCGCUGCCACUACCUGGAGGGCGGCUGCCUGAGCUCGCCGCGCUGGGUGUCGCUGCUGGUGGCCGAGCUGCACUACCCCGCCGCCGCGCCGCACGCGCAGGACUACCAGCAGUAUCUCCAGAAGCGGGCCGGACUCCCGACAGACGCCGAGCCUGCCUCGGAGAAGCCUCCGCAUUGCGAUGGUCAUGAUGAACUGGGAUGCUAUCAGGUGCGAUUGUACUACGACUGGUUCCUGGUCCCCGGCUCGUGCAAGUGCUGGAGGCCGGACUACUUCGCCAAAUACGUUCGCCGCGCGCACAACGCGGACCUGUAAUGGCGUGCGUGGAGCGAGAAUGGUUUACCUUGGCCGGCUAAUUCUGAUAAUAACGGAGAUUAUCAAUUUAAAGUGAGCUAACUUUAGCUGUCUGUUUUUGUUUUACAGCUUUACUCAUAAGAACACUAAAAUAUUAUAAUGACAAGAUAAUAAAUAAAAUUAUCAGAGCAACAAGUUUCAGAAUACUAGAAAUCUUGACGACGCGCCUUGUUCGAUCCGUCAAUAUUAACAAUACAAAUAUUAUGUCAUCCAUAUAAAUAAAAAUAAUUUCAAAAUUAUACUUGUAAAACCAAUUUUCUUGAAAAAUAAUUAAUUUAUAUCUGAUAUAUAUUCCAAAAACAAUAUAAUUAUGUCUUUACAAAAUUAUUUGUCAAUGUUUUGGGUUUCUCGAUGAUAAAGAAACUAUGGACUGCUAGUUAGUUAUAAUCAUUAGAUAGAUCUUACAAUGAAUACUUACGACGGUUAAGUAAAAAAUAUUAUUUUGUUUUAAAUUGUAUCUUUAUCUUUUUUAUUGAAUUUUACGACGUUCAUUUUAUACAUAAGCAUUUUAAUAUAAAAACAAUAAGUACAUAGAUUUUGUACAAAAAAUUACUUUUACUUUAAUUGGUGCUAUUUAUGAAUGUUGUGUAAAAGACUGUAGGGCACAAUUUAUAAGGACUUAAUAUUGUUAUAAUUUACUAUUAACUAUAUCUUUUAUGAAUAAGGUAUAGAGUACCAAAACUAUAUAUUUAAUGAAAGGAGAAAAGAGAUCUCUUAAGAUUGUAACAAGUAUUCUAUAGAUAAUUUGGAACGUAAUUUUAAGAUCGCACCUUUUAAAUCUUUUAUUGGAAUUAUGGGUAGAAAGUGCUGGUAAUUUAUAAACAAGAAUUGUAAAUGAGCCACUUAGCAGAAGAUGUGUUAAAAUUUUAUUGUACCUACUAAUUGUUUGAGGAUUGAAUUUAUAUGGCUUUUUCGAGCAAGAGAUUUAAGACGAUAUAGUUUUUUUAUGUAUAUUAGCUAAAUACACACUUAUAUUUGACAUUUGUACUUCAUAACAGUUACAAAUAAGAUAAUUACUUCGUGCUUUUUGCCAUUUGGGCAUUAGAAAUCUUAAUCGUUGGUAAAUUUUUGAUUUUAAUUGAGCUCAAAGUGCAUUUAUUAUUUAUUUACUAGUAGACAUAAUUAAUUUAAGACAUAUAAAGUCUAGGCUUGUAUUUAUUGAUGUAGAUGUAAUAAA